UGGAACCGGUUCAUCACCGCCCCUGAAUUUCUAAUUAUAAUUUAUGGUAUAUAAUUGUAAUUAAGGUAAUAUAUGAUUUGUUCUCCUAUCCUUAUUAGAAUAGGAUUCAAGGAAAGGAGGUCAUUUAUAUUAUAUUAUAUUAUGUGAAUACAAAGGCCAAAAAACAUUCUUGUCUCCUCUUUUCUGGCUACAGGUUAAAUAAUCCGACUUCAAUUUCAGAGAGAGACCCUAUUAUUGUCGAGUUUAUUAAUGGAGGAGCUUAUUGAUGAUGUGAAGCAUUGGGUUGCUAUGCUUUGGAGUCUUGUAUCAACCCUUUUCCAGCGUUACUUUGAUACUUCGGACUUGGCAAUUACUCAUGCUCUUGGGGUUACUUGGAGUAUUGUAUCAUACCCUUACUACAGGAUCUCAAGUGUUUACCAGCAUUACUUGUUGGAUAAAAUCAGUCCUUAUGGACUGUACAGGUGGAUUAUAACUGCUGUCUUGGCUAUCCUUUAUAGUCUUAGGGUUUGUGUUCGAGGAUUUUAUCCAGGCACAUAUUUAGUGUUGUUCCACUUCUCUGGAAUUCUCUGUAAAUUCCUGUCCCCUCAUGGACUACCUGAUCCUGAUGAUGAUGGACCUGUCUUGCCAAUUAAAGGUUCUGAUGAAUUCAAACCCCUCAUUCGUCAACUUCCCGAGUUCAACUUCUGGUAUGCCGCAACAAUAGAUCUCUGUCUGGUACUUACCAUGACUUUCUUUCCCGUAGUUGAUGUUAAAGGUUGCUGGCCUCUCAUUUUUAUCUCCUGGUGUCUGGUGUAUGGUUAUAAAAUGGCUGUUGUACUUAUCAAGUCGAAGAGAUACAAAUACAACCCAUUUACCCUUAUAAAGCAGAAAGUGGCUGGAAAAGGACAGCAGGAAGUGGCAGCAGCACCUGUGAAAGGACAUCAGGAUGUGGCAGCAGCAUCUGGAAUACUGAUUUCUGUUUAAGACCAAAUGAAGUAGGAAAUAGGAAAAAACAACGCAGAAAUCCUUUUUAGUUGGAGCAAUCUAUCCCCUGUGAAUGAUGUUAUCCCCCUCUUAGAUUUCAUUGGCUCCCUCUCAGUGGCUUAGCAGCCUUGAUUUUUGAAACUCCUAGCUCUUACUAGUUUUUUUGCAGUGUCUGGAGUUUUUAACCUUUUCUUUGUAAAGCUUUUUGCAUCUGCUUGAUGCUUUUGAAUAUAACAGAUUAUUUCAUCAAAAAACAACGUUGAAACUAUAAUGGAAUUGCUACAUGUAAAUAUAGUUAAAUGGA